AUGCUUUCAUCUGCAUCUUGCCAAUUUACAAGCUGUAAUGAACUUCUUAAUUAUGUUCAAAAUUUCGCUAGGGCCCAAGAAUAUGCAGUAACUGUAAAGAGAUCACGUAGUGAUAAAAAUGGCAAAAUCAAGAAUGUGUUAUUAAAAUGUAAUAGAGGUGGAUGUCCAUUUGAACUCUAUGGAUCUAAACAUAAUAAUGUUUGGUUUCUUGAAGUUAGAAACCCUAUUUAUAAUCAUGAAGCAUCAAUAAAUAUAUCUGGGCAUCUAAUAGUUUGCAGAUUAGAUGCUGGUCAAUUAGAUCAAAUUUUAUCAACGAUUCAUCAAAAUGAUCCUUCAUUCAUGGCUAUAUCAAGAAUGAUUUAUAAUGCAUUAUACUUGAUUUGCCAAGAAAGACUUGAUAGCAGAACAUCAAUUCAAGCUUUAUUAGAUGAAUUGCAAGGAUCGGAUUUUGAGUUUGAAUAUAAAUACGAUCAUCAAAAUCAUAUCAUGCAUCUUUUUUUUGCUCACAAGUUAUCUAUUGCCUUAACUCAUAUCUAUCUUAAAGAUUUCACACACCCUGUAGAUAGUAGUAAUGCUGAUCUUCAACCUUUAUUACAAAGUCUUGCACAACAAUAUCAUUUCUGGCUACCACACCAACAGGCUGCUGCCUAUGCUUAA